GGCGCGCUGCGCUGCGCUUUUCGCAGGAACGCGAGUGUUUUUGUCGUGCCUGGAGGGACCGUUGGCUCGGUGAGUUCUCCCGUUCUCCAGGUGAGGUGCCCAGAAAAGAAGAAAGGAAUGCGUGAUGAACUGCCUCAAGUAAUGUCCAAAGUGUGUUGGGGUUUCCUCUUCGCUUUCCCCCUUCUGAAAGUGAAUGCUUAAUCAAGAUCUGUUAUUCGAUCAUAGGGCCCUGUAAUUUAUCCAUUAGAGAAAAAGAUUGUUGGGCCCAAUAGCCCCCUAAUGUUCACUGAGUUGGAAAAUGGUUCCACUUCUGUUUGCUGAUUUUCUUCUUUUUAAGUGCAAUGUUUGUUAUGAUUUUAAAAUAAGAGCACGAUUAUUUUAAGAGAUUGCAAAAACACAGAAAUACCAAGAAAAAAAUAAAAUGCGUCCAUUCUAGUGUUAAUAGUUUGAUGUAUUUUCAUUUUUCCAAAAUCAAAUUACACUUUACCAUUUUAUAGUCUACAUUUUCGCUAAAAAGUAUCAUACUCCCAUGUCACCAAAUGGUCUUUGUAAAUGCCCUUUUUAAAAGAUACAUAUUAUUUCUUUUUAUGGUUUAUCCUUUUCUUCAGAUCAGUUGUCACAUUUUGAAACCUUUAAAUUUCCACUUGUAGUCACACACAUACAUAUAUACACCUGGGUUUAAAUUUGUAUUUCUAUGAUUAACAAUGAGAUUGAACAUCAUUUCACGUGUUUAUUGAAUUAAGAUGCCUUUUUUGUGACAUGCCUGUUCACAUCUCUUACCUAUUUUGCUUUUGCAUUAUCUCAUUGAUUCAUAGGAGUUCUUUAUAUAAUCUGCAUGUGGAUCCUUCAUUGAUUAUAAUUUUCUACUAUCUGGAUUGUUUCAUCUUUUCCUUUAAGAUGGUUUUAUGAAUAGAAGUCUUCAUUUUAAUGUAGUCAGUUUUAUCAACUUUUUUCCUUGAUGAUUGGUGCUUUUUGGAUCUUAUUUAAGAAACCCUUCCCUGUCCCAAAGUUAUGCAAAUAUUCUCCUAUAUUUAUGCUUAAAGCUAUAAGUUUUGCCUCUUCUGUUUAUAUCUUUAAGCCUAACUGGAUUUUGUAUGUGGUGUAAAGUGGGGGUCAGGGUUUUCUCCCCUUAUGAAUACCCACUUUUCUCAGCGUAUGUUAGAAAGUCCAUUGUAUUCUCACUGCAAAUAUAUCCAAAUACAUAUAAUGCAAAUAUGUGCAGUGUCUGUAUGUGCAUAGGUGUGUUUAUGAGCUCUUCAUUUGGUUCUUUUGAUCUAUUGGUAUAUAUACCUUUACCAGUAUCAUAAUCUUGAUUAUUCUAGUUUCUGUCUCCUUCGAAGAUAAUUUGGCUUUUCUUCCUGUGGCUGUUUUUAAAACUUUCUGUUUUCGAUUUUCUUUAGUAUAAUGUGUUUAAGUGUGCAUUAAAAAAAAUUAUCUGUUUGGGAUUUGUAAGGGUUUUUGAAUUUGUCGAUAGGUGUUUUUUAUUCAGGAAAAUUCUUGGCCAAAAGACUGUCCCUGCCUCAUUCUCUCUCUCACUCUCCUUUUCAGGCUCUAAUUAAACAUAGGUUAGCACUUAUUAUUUAUUUAUUUCAUUUCUUAAUCUUUUGAUUUUUAGAGUUGAUACAGCUCACUUUGGACCCAGGAGCCUAAAGGAUGCCCUCUUGGUUGGCCCAAAAUGAAGGAGAAGUAACCUAAUUUCUCCAGUGAGAUAGAAAUAAAUGUCAUUUUCCAAACAGUAACUGAUUCUUGGACACCAAGUGUCCUACAAUUUAAUUCCAAUUCUGACACUAACUACUCAGAGUUAGCAUAGACCCCACAGGUUAAGGGACUCAGUUUCACAAAAUUGCCCUAUUUUAGAAAACCAGCCCCAAGUUUGCGUGUCCCUAAGAAGUUUGCACUUCUGUCCAGCAAACCUCAAAUUCAAGAAUUCCCAUGAUCCCCACUCAGGUUCAGUAAUUUAUUAGAUUUAUAGGUACAAUCACAUUCUCAUUACAGAAAUAUAUUUACAAUCACAAUCCUAUAAAUGGUAUAACUCGGGAACAGCAAAAUGAAAGAAAUGCCUAGGGCAAAAGGUGAGAGGGGGGAUCAUGUCUGGAAAGGAUGUUAAGAAUUUUGCCUAAUGUUUCAAAUGAAAUGUUUUUCAGUAAUAUUUAUAUUGUUGAAAAUUCUGCCACCAGUAAAAUUACAAAAGUUAAAGAAUUUAUGUAACUAGGGAAUAACUCUUGUAACUGUCAUAAGAACACUUCAGUUUCUAAGAAAUUUAAAUUAGGCUCUUGUCUAAGAUAGUGAUGUUUUAGAUCAAUGUAGUGACUUUCUUGAGCUAAAUGUAGAUUUAGAUUUUUCCAUACCACAUUCCUCAUUUCCUGUUCCGGCAAAAGAGUUUCAUUACAUUUUUCUUUAAAUCGUUGACAUUGAUGUGAUUAGGACCACGCACAUGCAUUUAAUCUGAGCCAAGUAAUAUACUAGACCCUAGAUUCUAUUUAGUACAAUUUUUAUUUUUCUGAGGAUAAAUUACGUUGUUUUUUCAUUUCCCUGGUUCCAUACAUAUGUCGCUCAUUUUUUAAAAACCAGAUCCAACAACAUUGCUGUCAGUUGCCUAUCAGUAGUAGUAUUGUUUUUUACUAGCUCUUCGUUUUUAUAUAUUAGCCCUUUAUUUUUCCUCGAAGACCUCUUCAUGGUCCACUGUCCUCCUGUUCCUACGCGUUGCUCUCUAGGUCUGCUACCAGAUAUUGUCCUGGGACUUGCCUUUUACAGUUGUACUGGAACUCCGUUCGCCAUUUUCAUGUUAGUUUUUUAGUUUCUGAAUAUAGUACUCUUUCUUUCUUAAUUUAUUCCCACUUUCGAUGAGACACAUAGAUCACUAGCUUCCUAAGAAAAGCUACGUAGGAGAUACUUUUAUUCCCUGUGGAUCUAGAAUUGUCUUGGCUUAAUCUUCACGCAAGUAUGGUAUUUAAUCUUGGCUUGGUAUACAGGCUUCGCACUAGCUUUGACUGGGUGUAGAAUUCUAGGCCAGAAUUCAUUUUCCUUUGUGAUAUUAAAGGAAUCAUUUUGUUUUCUUAUUUCAGUGGUGCUGUUGAGAAGUCCAUUGCCAUUCUGAUUCCUGAAAAUUUUUAUGUGAUCCAUGUCUUCUUCCUGGAAGCUUUUAGAAUGUUCUGUUUUCCCCUAAUAUUCUGAAAUUUUACUCCAAAAUGUAUUGUAAAAUGUUUUUUAAAGUCCACCAUCUUUUCCCUUUUUCGGGGCUUAAAGGGAAAAUGGGAAGGGAGAAAGGCUCACAUUAUUCACUUAUCCAGGUAUUGAGCUCCAGGCUUGCUAUUUCAUCUCACUGGAAAAGCCCACUCUACCUGCGUAUUCCUAGAUACAUCUUUCUGUAUAGAGGAGGGGUCAGUGAUGUUCAGGGAUGUAUCUAUAAACUUCUCUCAGGAGGAGUGGGAAUGCCUGGACCCUGGUCAGAUGAAUUUAUACAAAGAAGUGAUGUUGGAGAAUUUCAGCAACCUGGUUUCAGUGGGACUUUCCAGUGCUAAGCCAGUUGUGAUCUCCUUAUUGGAAGAAGGAAAAGAGCCCUGGAUGGUUGAAAGAGAGGUGAAAAGAGGCCUUUGUUCAGAUCUGGAAUCAAUGUGUGAGACCAAGAUAUUAUCUCUAAAGAAGAGACAUUUUAGUCAAGUAAUAUUUAUCCAUGAAGAAGACAUGCCCACUCUUAUUCAGCCUACAUUUCUUACUCCACAUCAAAAAAGUGUUAAUGAAGAGAAACCCUGUGAAUAUAAGAUAUGCGCAAAGACCUUUAAUCAGAACUCAGAAUUUAUUCAACAUCAGAGGAUUCAUUCUGUUGAAAAACUCUAUGAAUGUAAGGAGUGUGGGAAAUCCUUUAGUCGUGGUUCACUUGUUACUCGACAUCAGAGGAUUCACACUGGUGAAAAACCCUAUGAAUGUAAGGAAUGUGGCAAGGCCUUUAGUUGUAGUUCGUAUUUUUCUCAACAUCAGAGGAUUCACACUGGUGAGAAACCCUAUGAAUGUAAGGAAUGUGGGAAAGCUUUUAAUUAUUGUUCAAACCUUAAUGAUCAUCAGAGAAUUCACACUGGUGAGAAACCCUAUAAAUGUAAAGUAUGUGGAAAAGCCUUUACUAAAAGUUCACAACUUUUCCCACAUCUGAGGAUUCAUACUGGUGAGAAACCUUAUGAAUGUAAGGAAUGUGGGAAAACCUUUACUCAACACUCAAGGCUUAUUCAACAUCAGAGAAUUCAUACCGGUGAGAAACCCUAUGAAUGUAAGGAAUGCGGGAAGGCCUUUAGUAGUGCCUCAACACUCACUAAUCAUCACAGAAUUCAUGCUGGCAAGAAACUCUAUAAAUGUAAAGAAUGUGGAAAGGCCUUUAUUCAGAGCUCAGAACUUAUUCAGCAUCAGAGAAUCCAUACAGAUGAAAAACCUUAUGAAUGUAAUAAAUGUGGCAAGGCUUUUAACAAGGGCUCAAACCUUAAAAGACAUCAAAGAAUUCAUACUGGUGAGAAACCCUAUGAAUGUAGGGAAUGCGGAAAGGCCUUUGGUAGUCGCUCUGACCUCAUUCGCCAUGAAGGAAUUCAUACUGGGUGAAUGAUAGGCCCCUUUGAAAAUUUUUAUAAUAAUAUUUUUAAUAACAGAUGAUUUUCUAAAACACCCAGAUAACGCAUGAUUGGAAGUUCUCUGUUGUAGUUUUUUAGGGCUCCUGUAACAAAGUACCACAAAACUGGGCAAAAUAAAAUAACAGAAGUUUAUUCUCACAGUUUUGGAGCCUUGAAAUCCAAAAUCAGUGUUGGCAGGGUUGGUUCUUUCUGAGGGUUUGGGGACGCAUCUGUUCCAUGCCCUUCUCCUGGCUUCCACAGUCUUCAACAGUCUUGGCUUAUAGAGGCAUCAUUCCAAUCUCUGCCUCCAUCUUCACACUGCAUUGUUCCUGUGUAUCUGUGUAUCUUCUCUUAUAUAAGGUGUGAGCCUUAUUAGAUUAGAGCUCACCCUAAUGACCUCAUCUUAACUUGAUUACAUUUGCAAAGACCUUGUCUCCAUGUAAGAUCACAUUCACAGGUACCAGGGCUUAAGGCUUCAACAUGGUUCAACCUAUAACACUUUGUUAACUCUGUUUUAUCUAACAUACUUGGCUAUUUUCUUUUAUGUUUAACUUGUUAAUCAAAUGUAUUUUCAAAUAUGAACUCAAGGUUUAAAUUAAACCUACCUUCCCCUCCAGGGUUCUGUCUUUCAGUAAUUCCGUUCCCAUUGUUGUGUUCUCUUUUCUUGGUUAUAUAUUUGUGUUUAUAUUAGCUUAGUUCUAGGGCCAUCUUUUCUCUUGCUCAUAUCUAUAGAUCUGAGCCUCCACUAAUACUACAAUGUAAAUUGUGUUGUAUAGGCUAUCUUAAUUCAUGGCAGAAUCAUAACUUUGUUUUUGAAGGUAGCUCUAGUCUUUUUGUAAAACGUGUUUUUGUAUUGUAAUAAAGUAGAACACAAAGAAAUAAUAGAUUAUUUGUAAAACCUGCCAAACAAAUUACUACUUUCAAAUUAUUACAACAUAUUAUUCCAGACUUUAUUUAGUGUAAUCAUGAUAUGCAUGCUGUUCUGUAACCUGCUUUUUUCAUGCUGCCAUUUCAUUAAGUAUAAAUGUUUAUCAUUCUAACAAUGUCAUAAUCUUUCUGUCGUUGACUGUCAUUUUGCUAAGUACUACUGAUGGACAUGGUUGCUCACUGAAAGUUGCCCUCUAAACAUAUUAGUGAUUUUUUUUGUUUUUCUAAAAUACAUUACAUGUCAGUGCUUAAAUAACCGAUGAACAUUUUCUCUGUAAAACAUUGCUAAUCCUCCCAUUGUAAUCACUGUUAUCAAUUUGUUAUUUAUUUUUCCAGAUCACUUUUAAGAAGUACUUCUAUUUACAAAUGUGUGCAAACAAAUAUAUAAAUACUUACAAAUAUUUGUAGAAAACUUAGUGCUGCUUUAUGAUUUUUUUGUAUGAAGGUAUAUACUAAUGUGUGUGUUGGAUUGCUGUGAGGAUUAAAUGAGUUAAGAAAUAUAAAA